AUGUUCUUCUCAAUGUUUAUUAAAUUCAUUUUACCUAUAUCUUUUAUAUGCUACAAUUUUGGAAAGAAAUUUAAUAUGUUUAGUUAUUUUCAAAAAAUCAAAGUAUCAGAACAGGAAUUAUUAUCAUCCAUUUAUGAUUAUGAAGUAAAGGAUUUAUCAGGAUCAAAUGUAUCCAUGUCUAAAUUUAAAAACAAAGUUUUGAUUAUUUUUAAUUCUGCUUCAAAAUGUGGAUUAACAAAAAAUCAUGUAGAACAAUUUAAUAAAUUACAUGAAAAAUAUAACGCAAGAGGAUUGGAGAUCUUAGCUUUCCCCACAAGUCAAUUUUUAAAUCAAGAAUUUGACAACACAAAAGAUAUUUGUACAUUUAAUGAAAAGAACAAAAUAAAAUAUAAUAUGUUUUCACCCAUUGAAGUAAAUGGGGAUAAUACACACCCACUCUUUAAAUACUUAAAAAAAAAUUGUGAUUCGAUGCAUGAUGAAAAUGGAACGUUAAAAAGUAUCGGAUGGAAUUUUGGAAAAUUUCUCGUCGAUAAAAAUGGAGAAGUUGUAAAUUAUUUUUCACCCAAAACAAACCCGUUAGAUUUAGAAAAAAUUAUAAUUCAAUUACUACAAAAAUGA